UUCCUUGAACUUGAUUGUAGCGGUCGCGGCGAUCAGUGUGCACGUCCGCCAUUGUUGUGUAGUGAGUUCGCCAUAUUGUCGCGACCAUCUUUUAUAAACAAAAUAGGAAGCAUCGUCAUGGCGGACCACCAGAAUAUCAUGUGCGAGGUGGAGAUCCAGCCCGACAUCCAAGAAUGCGUUGAAAUCGAGUCGAUUCCGGUCGAUAUCUCGGACACAGUCGAGACGAUCGUAGAAUGCGGCGAGCCCAUGAUCUCCAUGCAGCCGCUGGAGGGCCGAGACAUAAUUCUCGAGGCGCAGGAGGAGAUCAUCGACGAUUCUGGCGACCCGCUCAACAUCUACGACGUCCCGGUGCCGGACGCGUCCGACCUGUACGUGGAGUCGUCGCCGGGGCCCUCGAAGAAACGGCGGUCGCCGACGAAGGGCCGCAGCGGCGGCGGCAUCCUGGGCCACCGCCGCGCCGACAACGAGAUGUUGCUUAGCGACAUGCACGUGGAGACCAAGCCCCGGAAAUGGGAGCAGAAGCAGGUGCAAAUCAAAACCAUGGAAGGGGAGUUUUCGGUAACAAUGUGGGCGUCUGGUGCCAGCGACGAUGAAGGCUCGAACCCCGAACCCGAUCCCGACUACACGGAAUACAUGAGUGGCAAAAAGAUCCCAGCUGAUGGUAUUCCAGGUCUAGAUCUAUCGGACCCAAAGCAAUUAGCAGAAUUCGCUAGACCUGGUUUAAAAAGUCCACGAGUACGUAGGCCCAACCAAGACACAACCGACCGAACGAUUGCUUGUCCACAUAAAGGUUGCAAUAAAAUGUUCCGUGACAAUUCCGCCAUGCGCAAACACCUUCACACACAUGGACCGCGUGUGCAUGUGUGUGCGGAGUGUGGGAAAGCUUUUGUAGAAUCUAGUAAACUUAAACGGCAUCAGUUAGUACAUACUGGGGAGAAACCAUUUCAGUGCACUUUCGAAGGAUGUGGGAAGCGGUUUAGUCUCGAUUUUAAUUUAAGAACUCAUGUUAGGAUUCAUACGGGUGAUAGGCCAUAUGUGUGCCCCUUCGACGGUUGUAAUAAGAAAUUCGCACAAUCAACCAAUUUAAAAAGUCAUAUUCUGACGCACGCAAAAGCGAAGUCUAGAAAUAAUAUGGCCCGCAAUACAAAUAAUAUGCAAAUGUUGCAAUCACAGUUCGUACAAGUUGAAGUAACUGAUCCUGAAUAUAUUGUAUAUACAGAUUAAGUAAAUGAAACGAAGGGUAUUUGCGCAAGUGAGAUGUGCACUAAUUUUUAGAACUGUUAAAGUUGAAAGACAAGCCAAGUGAAAUUAAAAUAUUUUAAACCAAAAACAAACGUUAAAUUACAAGUAUAAAAUAGAGGCUAGCGCAUGCACUCUGGUUAUUUUGAUGACUGAUUCAAUGCAGGUAUCUUCUACUUUUAAUUAAAAACUGAAACAUCGAUAUUUAUAAUUUCUAAAUUAUUUUAAUGUAAGGUUUGUAUAUCAGGUCGUUUUAAUUACCAACUCAAUGAGUUGUAAGAUACAAAUAUCAUAUUUCCUAAUGUACAUAAAAAAUAAAUAAUUUUCCAGUA